CCAAACGUCAAAUUUACGGAAAAAAAAUCCUUGCGUCGUUCCCUUUACAGUGUGCGAAAAAGUAGUGCUCUCCAAUCGCGAAAAGGAAGGCUUUCCCAAGGCCCCAGCAGCAGCACCGAAAGAAGGAAUUCCGGAACCACCCAUCCACCAAGCAAGCAAGGAUGAUCGGAAACCUGGCCAAGGUCUCGUUCGUGCGCGGAGUGUCCCAGGCGGUCGCAAGUGGCUGCAAGGCUGCUGCCGUUCCGGUCAAACUCGAGACGAAACCCGUCGUCGCAGGUCAGACUCCUAUUGUUGCCAGCUCGCCAAACUGCGCACUGCCCCGGUCCGUAAUCCGGGUGGUGUCCGGAGUUGCAGCUACUGGCCAGAUCCGUUUGGCUCACACCGACAUCCAAACGCCUGACUUCUCGGACUACCGUCGCGAUCAGGUCAAGAGACCCAACGCCAAGAAUGACUCCGCCGAUGAACGUGCCGCAUUCACCUACCUUAUGGUGGGAGGUGCUGCCGUGACCACCGCUUACGUCGCCAAGUCGCUGGUGUCCACUUUCGUCUCUUCGAUGAGUGCCUCCGCCGAUGUGCUGGCCAUGGCCAAGAUCGAAAUCAAGCUGGCCGAUAUCCCCGAGGGCAAGUCCGUUACCUUCAAAUGGCGUGGCAAGCCGCUGUUCAUCCGCCACCGUACGGCCGCCGAAAUCGCUGCCGAAGAGGCCGUCAACACCGGAACCCUGCGUGAUCCCCAGCACGAUUCUGAACGUGUCAAGAACCCCGAAUGGCUCGUCGUUAUCGGCGUGUGCACGCAUUUGGGUUGUGUGCCCAUUGCCAAUGCCGGUGACUUCGGUGGAUACUACUGUCCGUGCCACGGUUCUCACUACGACGCCUCUGGCCGCAUCCGGAAAGGACCUGCUCCGCUCAAUCUGGAGGUGCCCCACUACGAGUUCCCAGAGGACGGUUUGGUCGUCGUUGGUUAAACGAGCAGAGCUUUGGGUGAUUUUUCCUUCGUUUGUAACAGCAGCAAGCAACUAAAGAAACCGUUAAUCAGAAGUUGUGCGAACGAAUAAGCAGUUAGUAAACAAAUAUCUCUUGUUAUUUAUUUGAGAAUCCGUGAUGGAGGAAAAGAAAAGAAUACACCGGGACGUACACUAAAUCAAGUAUUGCAAGCACGAUUAGAUUUAUUCGAAGCGAUCUUUACGGAAAGGUACCGCAACCAUUAUUCAUCGUCUACCAGGAAGAACGAACCAAUAAAGGGAUGUUAAACCUAAAA